GCCAACCCAAAUAAUUUAAGACCUAUUGGAAUUUUGAUAGUGUUUGUAAUAACUUGGAGAAUAAAGAAUGAGUCCCCAGAUAUAUUUGAAGAGUCUCUCUACUGUUCCUGCAGACUCUUCUUCAAGCCGGACAACUGAUUCAAUACUUGGCUCUGUACCUGAUUAGAUAUAAGUUGAGAGGAUAUCUUAAACAUAAACUCAAAAUCAUGCCUUCUGUGACUUGGAGACACUCUUCAGUAUUCAUAAUCAUCUUUACACUAUUAUCUCUUAUUAACUCAUCAUGCUGCAAGUCUUCUUCUCCUUCUUCUUGCGGUGAUGGCUUAAACAUAAACUGUCCUUUCAGACUCAAGGGGGAUAACCAGAAAUGUGGUGGUUCUUUCUCCCAGGAGCUGUCUUGCCGUGGUAAUCGCACUGUCUUCUAUUUGAAUGAGCUCUGGUUUUAUGUCCAGGAAAUCAAUUAUGAUGAUCAUUACAUUAGGAUUGUGGAUCCUGGCAUUCAAAAGAAUAAUUUUACAUCUCUUCCAUUUCAUUCCAUCACACAAGAUGAUUUAACAUUAGCAGCCUCACCUCUAAGCGGGUAUAAUCAGCCAAUUACAAUGAUAGAAUGUCCGUCUCCUCUAACAUCUACAAGCUACAUAAAUAUUACCGACAGCUAUGUUUAUUCUUAUGCCUAUUUAGUCACCGGCGGCUCGUGCAAUUUUGACGAGGUGGAAAUGGAGGACAAUUGCAGGAUUAACAAGGUAGCUUGGGUAGCAGUACCAGAACCAUGCUGGGAAUUCUCAAGUAUGUCUGAAAUCCAUGACGCCCUGGUUUAUGGAUUUAAACUUCCCUGGAGUUACUUCUACUGCCUAAAGUGUGAAGAUAUGGUUCUCACCGAUCAAGGCUAUUGUGAAACUUAUGACACUGAUUAUCGCCGCUGGGCUUGCAUAGACUACAAUUUGUGCAACAUCCUACAUUUAAGAUCAUACCAUCUUUCAGUUUCGUGUUUUCGCAAGAACUGGCAUGGAAUUAUGGAACAAUUCACAAACAGUAAUUACCGAGAACGCGAUGGUAAACUUGCAGGUAGAGUUGCAGGCACUAUUUUGGGUGCAAGAUUUUCUUUAGGAAUACCAUUUUUGCUUGCCUUGCUGGUUUAUAGAGCUAGGAGAAGGCAUUUAUCAAUGUACGACACCAUUGAGGAUUUUCUUCAAGCUCAAAACAACCUGAUGCCUAUAAGGUAUUCAUACUCGGACAUUAAGAAGCUUACCAAUAAUUUUAAAGAUAAACUAGGUGAAGGAGGUUUCGGGACUGUAUAUAAAGGAAAGCUUCGUAGUGGUCUUCUUGUAGCAGUAAAGAUACUGGCCAACUCUAAGGCUACCGGAAAAGAAUUCAUUAAUGAAGUUGCUACGAGUGGAAGGAUUCAUCAUGUCAAUGUGGUCGAACUUCUCGGCUUUUGUUUCGAAGGUCCCAAGCGUGCUCUAAUUUAUGAGUUCAUGCCCAAUGGAUCUUUAGAGAAAUACAUCUACAGCAAAGAAGGAACAGAAGAAGAAGUUGUUCCCUUGAGUUGGGAAAAGAUUUAUAAAAUUUCAUACAAGGUGGCAACUGGAAUUGACUACUUGCACCGAGGUUGUGACAUGCAAAUUUUGCAUUUUGACAUCAAGCCUCACAACAUUCUUCUUGAUGAGAAUUUCAAUCCAGCCAUUUCCGAUUUCGGGCUAGCAAAAUUAUAUGCCACUGAUCAUAGCAUUGUAACUCUCACUGCAGCUAGAGGAACAAUGGGCUACAUGGCUCCGGAGAUGUUCUACAAAAACAUCGGUGGAAUUUCAUAUAAAGCGGAUGUUUAUAGUUUUGGAAUGUUACUCAUGGAAAUGGCUGGUCGGAGAAAAAAUUUGAAUCCAUUUGUGGAUCAUAUCAGUCAAAUUCACUUCCCGUCGUGGGUACAUGACCGAUUUAGUGAAGGAAAAGAGCUUGAGAUGGAAGAUGUCACCGAGGAAGAUAGGAAGUUGGUAAAGAAGAUGAUAUUAGUAGCAUUAUGGUGUAUACAAAUGAAACCAAGUGAGCGCCCUUCAAUGAACAGAGUUAUUAAGAUGCUAGAAGGAGACAUUGAACAAUUGGUAAUGCCUCCUAAGCCUUUUCUUUAUCCACAAGAGGAUACAACUGAGAUAGACAAUCCAAUCCAUUCUUCCCCCAAUUUACUACCAGAUGAAGAUUGAAUGUUACUGAAAUUCAAGGAAUGAAACUUGGUUUGUUUUGUCAAUUCAUCAUUUAGUCUUGUUUAUCUGCCUUUGUAAAAUAAGUACAGAAAGUGUCACUAGUAAGAUGACAACAUCUACAUGUAUUCAAGCAAGUUCUAGUACUCUGUGUUGUUACACAUUGUAAACUAUAUUGCCUUCUUAUUGUGACCAAUACAGGAAACAUUAGUCGGAACAAAAAUUUGUUGCACUGU